AUGUUCAAGCCUUCACAACCGAUGAUGGCGCGACUGCGCUUGACUACCAAGCAGGUCAAUGGUGGCUACUAUAAAGGAAACCGCACCGGCGCGAUGGGUUACUUCGCGAAGAACGGCUCGUAUGUGAUCGACUGGAAAAAAGUCCGAACCUUUGUUGUUCCUGAUAACUUGGAUGAAUUUAAGCUUACUCCAUUCGUUACGCAACGCAUGGCCCCAACAAAGUCCAAAUACACUAGGGACAUGGAGAAGGAUAGCAAAUUGAUUACAGUUGAACGAGCAUUUGGCGGGAAGGACUACCUUGACAUGUGGGCUUCGGACAAUGGCCAAGAGGUACUUGAGCAGGAGCGACUCGAACAACAGACACCCCAUCACUAG